AUGGCCCACAGAUCCAACAGCCUACUACGGCGCGUGAUUACCGCCGCCCUCGAUCGUGAGGAAAAUAACUAUCCCCCAAUGGCAGCUCAUGCCGCUGCCACGCGUGGCGAGGCCUUUGGGAACGGCAACCCCGACGUAGAACUGGGCCAAGCCAAACGAUUCACCGUCGCAACAAAUCACCCUGAUACUCUCAUCCCACCCAACGACAAAUUGUUGAUCUUCCGCGCCUUAACCGGUAUCGACAGUGUCCCUGCCCUUACAAACGGCGGACAUCUCCUGCGCAGCGCGCCGAAUGUCGGUAUCUAUACGCGUGUAAUUCGCAACGAAACCAAAGCCGCGCGCGGCUACCGGAUCUUCAAUGCCCUCAUCAACACUUGUCUGGGUAUUCAAAUUGUUGUCGCCGCCGCAGUGACAGCUCUCGGUGCGGCGAGUGGCCCACACUCUGCCGUGACUGCCUUUGGCGCAAUCAACACCAUCAUGGCGGGUAUUCUUACCUACCUCCGCGGCUCAGGUCUUCCGGAUCGUCUGAAGGCCUACCAGAACAAGUGGAAGAAUAUUCGCGAAUACAUUGAGCAACGAGAACGUGAAUUCUGCUUAGUAGGCUGCGACCUCGAUGUCCAAGAAGAAGUCUUCAUUGUGGAAAGCAUGUAUCAAAGUCUCAAGUCGGAAAUGGAAACUACCAAGAGCAGUGGCGAAGGCCGGAGUCAACAACCAGAUGACCCUCGCAUUCGUCGCUCGCUUCUUCCCACCUCCAAUCAUCUCAGCGGUCACCGGAAUUCCACGACACCCGUCACGCGUGCUGAAGCCGCGAGCCCGCGUCAUCCGGACGACCAUGACCCUCCCAGUCCAAUCACUGUACCUGAGGCGGCCAUUCACAAUGAGAAGUCUUGA